GUUCGUUAUCGACUCGCAAUCGGGAAUCCAGGGUUCGAAUCCCGGGCGAGACAGAAAUAGAUGGGUACGCUUUCUUUCACCUAAUGUCUCGGUUCACCUAGCAGAAAAUUGGUACCCGGGAGUUGGUCAACUGUUGUUUGGUCCUGUGGAGGUGAGGGACAAGAAGAUGGUUAAUCCACGUGAGCUUCCAGGAUUUGGUGAUGAAAUAGAAAACUACACAUUCAAAAAUGAUCUUGAUUGGUUUGUGCAUGUGAAUAACCCAUUGGAGGUCUUCAAAGCCCAGCCAACAUACUUUCUCUCAGAAUGGUCCUUUGUGAUCAUUGGACUUCUGUCUUUGACUCAUGCUUUCAUUGUGGGAGGGCGAUGGAAGUAUCACUGGCUGGCAUGUUAUCUCCAUGGCUUGACAGUUGAAAUGACCUCUUUUUGGUUACCCGAUAUUGACAACUACUGGCAUUCGCAGACCACCAUCAUGUUUCUGGGGAGAAGAUUGCCCUUCCACAUACCCCUGAUCUAUCCGUCAUUCAUGUACAAUGCAGCAUACAUGGUGGCACAUGCAAAACUUCCUCGCUGGGCAGAACCUAUGGCUGCUGGCUUGAUGGAAGUUCUGAUUGACAUUCCUUAUGAUAUCAUGGCUGUCAAAUUUGUGCAUUGGACAUGGCAUGAUACGGAUCCCAAUAUCUUUGACCGGCACUACUCAGUUCCUUGGAAUUCUUACUAUUUCCAUCUUACCUUUGGUACGGCAUUCACCUUUGCUCUCAAUUUUUGGCGCCGUAAGAUCACUGGAACAGAUGAUAAAGGAGAAGUCUCCAGUUCGGGUAAAGAAAUUUUGUGUGCAUUCCUGGCAGGCUUAUGUGGCAUGCCUGGUGGUGUAAUACAGUUCAUCUUCUUGUACCAUCCCCUUCAUGAUACAUAUGGCAUCCACACCGAAAACUGUGUUAUCACUAUUCUUGUUGUGUACUUACUGAUUGUGUGGUCAGCUGAUCGCACACCAAGACUUACAUCACGCAGGCAAAAGGGUGAGAAGUCUCAUUGGUCAGUGAUCAUCAUAAUUUUCAACAUGAUCAUGCAUUAUGGCCUCUACAUGUGUAUGGCUCUGUUUGGAAAACCUGAAGAGGAGAUCUCUAUAGGCUUGCAUGAACGCACUGGACCUUGUGAUGAUAAAACUUAUGUUUACACUGCAUUUGGUGAUAUUUUGGAAAGGAACACCUAUCUAUGCACCAGUGACUAUGAUGAGAAAUACUUUGAUUUUCACUGUUUACCUGGUGGUCAAACUGUCAGCGAUGGAAUGGAAUGGUACACAAUCUGCGGAACUUCCUUCAGCAAUCGCGCUGAGUACAUAUCAGUAAUUGCUCUCGUAUGCUUUACUGCCACAUUCAUAUUCUAUCAUUUGCUUUUUAGAAGCUCUCGUACACUAACUUACAAAAAUAACACACUUGUCUACAAUAAAAAGGGAGGAAAAAGAGAGAAACUAAAUUAAGGCUUUGUGAAGUCAUUGAAAUUCUGGAAGUCAUCUGUAUCAUGUCAUUGAUGCCUGAAAACCUCUUGUGCCUGAAGCAUUAAAUAGAAUGAAACCACAAACAAAUUAUGUGAAACAUAUUCUAAUAAAAUAUAAGUUCAGAAGAUAUCUAAGACAAGACAAAAUUGAAUUACUUUUUAAGAUAGGCAUUAUUAAAUAAUUGUUGUAAAGUUUAGGCAUUUGGUGUCAUAUUUUAUUUUAUUUUAUAUCUCUUGUUUUUGGUUGGCUGUAUGGUCUUUAACCUAGAAUGACACAAGGGUAGGCACCUUGAAUGGUGCAUUAUGGGUGAAAGACUUCUGACAUGAUACCAGAACAGUAACAAAAACAUUAUAUAUCCUCCCAUCAAACCAAGUACCUGUACAGUAUCUUCAAAUUAAUUGAAGAUACCACAUAUCCAUGUUGAUACACUAUUUCUACCUUGUACGGUAUAUUAAUAUCAGAUCUUUAACUGUCAAGGGCUCUCAAGGAACAAGCCAUUGAAUUACUGAAUAUAGGUUUGACGAUGCCAGUGUCUAUUCCCCUAAAAAUGUCGGCAAACAAUCUUAAAGCAUCAUCAAACACUACUGGUACACCAUGAUAAUAUGCCCACUGAUAUAAGAAAUUAAUGCCCAGCUAUUCCUAUGUUACGUGCCUUCAAACAUUUGGGUGAUUGAUGGUUUUGUGUGCCUGGCAGAUGUUUGCAUUUCCAGCAUGUAGUGGCCAAGCUUAAGGGUACUCAGUACAGUAUAUUGUAAUAAUGUUUCCUAGUUCUAGGAAAAUGAAGGUAGGUAUGUUACAACCUAUAAUUUUCAUGAUUUUAUAUGAAAUUCCCUCAGUGACAGGUGAUACAGUCUGACUACACAAUUUGAUUUCAUCAUUCAAGGUCCCUUGAUGUUUUGGUUAUUAAAUUAUAAAGUAUUAUUACUGUAUAUAUGAAUAAUAAAUGUUCUUUAAUUUUAUAGAUAAGUAUAACCUACUUAUCAUGCCAUCGAUGUUUACCUAAAUGUAUUACAGAAUAUUUGUUUUUAACUUCAAUUCUGUAACAUACAUUAUGUGGCUGAAUGCUGGCAACUUCACCCAAGACAUACACAGUAUAAGCGGUUAUAAUAUACUGGGCCAAGUUUGGAAUAUGGGACAAAAAUAACUUUUGUCAGUGUUGUACAUAAAGUUAAAGUAUGGCUUGAUAAUUUGUAUUUUUGUAGUACAGUACAUCCAUAUAUUUAUAUUCUAAAUAUAUACAAAAUCAUUAUUUUGAGAAAAAAUUAAUCUGUUUUCAAUUUUUAAAUGAAAUUUUUAAAUAGAUAAAUGAUUUACUUAAAAACUUUGUUAAAAAUACAAAUCUUGCCCAAAAUACUCUGAGUAUUACUGGCUUUAGGCAUACUGUAUUAUAUAUUAGUUCUAUCAAGAAAUCCAAUAUUCUGCUUGUAACUCAUUUUGUAUGUACAGUUUAUACUUUAUCUUAAAUAAACAUUAUCAUUAUCAAAA